AUGGGCAUCACAAAGUUCCUUGGCCUUGAAACCCCUUUCUCUGUGCUCUAUGGCAGUGAAAUCUUCUCUCUGGAAAUGUCGAAAACAGAAGCUCUAAUGCAAGCGUUUCGAAAGUCCAUCGACGUAAGAGUCAAGGAAGAAAUCGAAGUGAUCGAAGGCGAAGUUUUUGAAAUCCAAAUAGACGAUGAUCGAGGCAUUAGGGAAAGAAAAGUGCAGAGUGGGGAUGUGAACUUCGACUGUUCGGCGACUGGAUUCUUGUUACAGGCGAUGGGUUCGAGCCAAGUGGCGUUGGUGGCUCUGUUGCUCAGAUCGGAAGGGUUCGAGCACUAUCGCUGCGAUAGGAACCUCUCAAUGGGGACUAUUGCUUUCAUGUUCAAGAACCCAAAACAAGAUAAGAUAGCGGUUUUUGAGUUGAAGCUAAUUGAUAUUGAUGGCGAGCACCUUGGAAUUCCAGAUGUUGAAUACCAAGCUAUUGUUAGGAUGCCUUCAUCUGAGUUUGCAAGGGUUUGUAAAGAUCUUGCUAGCCUUGGUGAUACUGUUGUUAUCUCUGUAACCAAAGAAGGUGUUAAGUUUUCCACAGCUGGUGAUAUUGGGACUGCAAAUAUUGUUCUCAGGCAAAACACCAGUGUAGAUAAACCAGAAGAAGCGACAAUCAUAGAGAUAAACAAUCCAGUAUUGUUGACGUUUGCAUUGAGGUACAUGAAUUCAUUUACAAAGGCUACCCUGUUGUCGAAUACAAUGUCAAUCAGCCUGUCUCCAGAACUGCCUGUUGUGGUUGAGUACAAGAUUGCUGAGAUGGGUUAUAUCAGGCUUUACUUGGCACCUAAGAUUGAAGAUGAAAUGGAUGGAUUAGACUAA